UAUUUCCAACACACGGAAAGCGGUAACCGGCAAAUUCUUCAGUUUCGUAAAUCCAAAAAGUCUCUCUUCCCGUGGCCUACCAGUCUUCAAUGCUUCCCUUUCGUUUCGUUUAUCGGAGACUUGCGACGUUUAGAGCCAGAAACAAAAAAGAAACCGACACUUUAUAGAGAGAGAGAGAGAGAGAGACGACACACUAAGAGACAAGCAAUUAGCUAGAGAGCCAGAGAGUCAAACCUGUCUCACAAUUAAUACAGGGGUUCCAUAUUCAUUUAUUUCUCUCUCUGCCUGAUCCACUCGCUUUCUUUCGUCGAUUACUCUGAAAUUGUUUGUUGUUGGAAUCUGGAAAAGCAAAAUGGGGCUGAUUUCGGGGCUUUUCUUGGGGAUGGUGUUGGGGAUUGCAUUGAUGGCCGGAUGGAAGCACAUGAUGCAGUACCGAAGCACCAAGCGAAUUGCUAAGGCUGUUGACAUAAAACUCCUUGGAUCCCUUAAUCGGGAUGAUUUGAGGAAAAUCUGUGGUGAAAAUUUUCCAGAAUGGAUAUCUUUCCCUGUCUUUGAACAGGUGAAAUGGCUGAACAAGCAACUAAGCAAACUGUGGCCAUUUAUUGCAGAUGCAGCAGAAAUGGUGAUUAAAGAAUCUGUUGAACCACUUCUAGAAGAAUACCGACCACCUGGAAUUACUUCAUUGAAGUUCAGCAAAUUGUCUCUUGGUAACGUGGCACCCAAAAUUGAAGGUAUUCGUGUUCAAAGUCUUAAGAAAGGCCAAAUCACAAUGGAUAUUGAUCUCCGAUGGGGUGGUGAUCCAAGCAUCAUUUUAGGUGUUGAAGCUGCACUUGUUGCUUCUAUACCUAUUCAGUUGAAGGAUCUUCAAGUUUUCACUGUUGUUCGGGUUAUCUUCCAACUCGCUGAAGAGAUACCUUGUAUUUCUGCUGUUGUUGUUGCCCUACUUUCCGAGCCAAAGCCUAGAAUCGAUUAUACUCUGAAGGCUGUUGGUGGAAGCUUAACAGCCAUCCCUGGACUUUCCGAUAUGAUUGAUGAUACCGUGGACUCAAUUGUCACAGAUAUGCUCCAGUGGCCCCAUAGGCUUGUUGUUCCAAUUGGUGGUGUACCUGUUGAUACAAGUGAGUUAGAGCUUAAACCGCAGGGAAAGCUUACCUUGACGAUUGUGAAAGCAAGUGAUUUGAAGAACAUGGAAAUGAUUGGAAAAUCUGAUCCUUAUGUUGUUCUGCAUAUUCGGCCACUAUUCAAGGUCAAAACUAAGGUUGUUGAAAACAACCUCAAUCCUGUUUGGGAUCAAGCAUUCGAGUUGAUUGCAGAAGACAAGGAGACACAGUCUCUUGUACUUGAGGUUUUUGAUAAGGACAUUGCGCAAGACAAGAGAUUGGGAGUAGUAAAGCUGCCUUUGAUUCAGCUGGAAGCUGAAACCGAAAAAGAGUUUAAUUUAAGACUGCUACCAUCAUUUGACAUGCUGAAAAUUAAAGAUAAGAAGGAUAGGGGGACACUUACAAUUAAGGUCUUUUAUCAUGAAUUUAACAAGGAAGAGCAGUUGAUUGCUCUAGAACAAGAAAAGAGUAUCCUAGAACAAAGAAAGAAAUUGAAACAAGAUGGAGUUAUAGGGAGUACAAUGGAUGCACUUGAUGGAGCAGUAUCACUGGUUGGAUCUGGUGUUGGAAUGGUGGGUACUGGUCUUGGUGCCGGGGUUGGGGCCGGAGUCGGGAUUGUUGGGAGUGGUCUUGGAGCUGUUGGCAGUGGACUGAGCAAAGCAGGAAAAUUCAUGGGCAGAACCAUUACAGGGGGGCACAACAGGAAGAGUGGCUCUUCGACUCCAGUAAAUAGUGUUCAAGAAAAUGGUGGUGCCAAGCCACUGUAGUCUCCCUGUAGAGUUGCUGCUGAAAAAAAAACCCCAUUUUCUCCCUUGUUUGUAUGCUUUAAUGACUGGAUAGAGAUCACUUGUUUCGCUUAUCUUGUUGCAAUUGUAUCUUCUCCGAUCCUGUUCUCUAUGCUCGAGUGGAAAAUGAUGGCAUAAAUAUUGGUUAUCCUUGUGUUUUCAGCUGUCCUGCAGUCCUGUUUAUGUACUACCUUUGCUUACACGAAUUCCUAAUAAAAUUUGAAAAUUGUAUUCAA